CUCUCAUAAAAGAAAUGACAAUGGCAAAAAAUACAAAAAUAUUGCACACUGAUUGUGCCAAAGUAUAUUCCUCGGCAGGCAAUCGGUAUUUACAUUUUAGAAACGAAACGUAUAGAAAAAAUAAUCAAGAGAUUUGUUGGUGCCCACAUAUAGUGUAUAUUUUGUAAAAUCCUUAUCCUAAAACCUGAUCCUAUUGCUCUCCCUCCGCCUCUCAUUUCAAUGGACGCACCUCCACUAACAAAAUCCACCCACACAAGCCAGCGUCAAGACAGAGAUAAGACUGCAACCAAAACAAUCUCAGUCGUCUUCUUCCUUCACUUCACUUCCCUCCAUAGCCGCAGAGCUUCAAGGCAGAAGCUAGCAUGUCUUGCUCGAAUCUGACAAUGCCUUCCCUGUCGGAGCUCUCCUCUCGCUCUUUCAUCGCUCCUUUCCAGCUCCCAAGCUCCAACUCCAGCUCUCCAUGCAGAUCCUCCACCACCCAAAUCCAGUGCAGUCUCCGCGAUCUCCGCGACCGCAUCGCCUCCGUGACCAACACGCAGAAGAUCACGGAGGCCAUGAAGCUGGUGGCCGCCGCCAAGGUGAGGAGAGCGCAGGAGGCCGUGGUGAACGCCCGGCCCUUCUCGGAGACGCUGGUGGAAGUCCUGUACAACAUCAACGAGCAGCUCCUCACCGACGACAUCGACGUCCCCCUCACCAAGGUGCGCCCUGUGAAGAAGGUCGCCCUGGUGGUGGUGACCGGCGAUCGCGGCCUCUGCGGCGGCUUCAACAAUUACAUCAUCAAGAAGGCCGACGCCCGCAUCAAGGAGCUCACGGCGCUGGGCCUCGACUACGUGGUGAUCAGCGUGGGGAAGAAGGGGAACUCCUACUUCCUCCGCAGGCCUUACAUUCCGGUGGAUAAAUUCAUAGAAGGCACCAAUCUGCCCACCGCCAAGGAGGCGCAGGCCAUCGCGGACGACGUCUUCUCGCUGUUCGUGAGCGAGGAGGUGGACAAGGUGGAACUGCUCUACACCAAGUUCGUGUCCUUGGUGAAGUCCAACCCCGUGAUUCACACGCUGCUUCCGCUGUCGCCCAAGGGGGAGAUCUGCGACAUCAACGGAAUCUGCGUGGAUGCCGCGGAGGACGAGUUCUUCAGGCUCACCACCAAGGAAGGCAAGCUGACCGUGGAGAGAGAUGUGGUGAGGACUAAGACCGCCGAUUUCUCGCCCAUUCUGCAAUUCGAGCAGGAUCCUGUUCAGAUCCUGGAUGCCUUGCUGCCUCUUUACUUGAACAGUCAGAUCUUGAGAUCAUUGCAGGAAUCACUCGCCAGUGAGCUUGCUGCCAGGAUGAGUGCCAUGAGCAGUGCUUCCGACAAUGCAUCCGAGUUGAAGAAGGGUUUGAACAGAGUCUACAACAGGAAGCGUCAGGCCAAGAUCACCGGAGAGAUUUUGGAGAUUGUUGCUGGAGCCGACGCCUUGGUCUGAAUUAUAACUACUAUAUAUACUUGUCUCCUCAAACAAGAGAAAACACCAUUCUGUUUUGUAACAUAAGCCCAUCUUACUCACAUUUAAUGUAUAAUGUGAUUUUUUUUACUGUAUGAUUGAUUGUCUUCUUGAGUC